GACAGGUAUUGGGCGAUUCACGACCCCAUCAAUUAUGCUCAAAAGCGGACAAUGAAACGCGUGGUCACAUCGAUAGCCAUGAUUUGGGUUAUCAGUGGAUUAAUAUCAAUACCGCCGCUCAUUGGCUGGAAUGACUGGCCGGACGUCUUCGACGACAACACUCCGUGCAAACUGUCCGAAGAGAAGAGCUAUGUCUUGUACAGCGCCACCGGAUCUUUCUAUAUACCAAUCCUCAUAAUGACUGUCGUCUAUUACAAGAUAUUUAAGGCCACCCGACGGCGGCUCCGGGACCGGGCGAAGGCCUCGGCUAUGGCUAACCUCAUGUCCACCUCCAAGAACUGUGUGUCCGAGAGUCACAAGAUUGACAUCGAGUCGGCCAGCGAUGAGAAGACCGAAAAACAGUGCUGUCAUAACAAUAAGUCGGACGGUGUGUCCCCAUUGAACAACCGGAAGGGCAGCUCCGGUAAGAGUAGUCUCAAAAAGUCUCAGAAGAAUAGUAGCAGUAAUGAGGACUCAGUCAACGACGAGACCAAAGAGUUGAGACCCAAAACGGCCGACAAUAGCAGCGCAGAGCAUAUCAUUGGUCCGGAGUUUGUGUCCACAUUCAACACAACCACAACAACAACCGAUACGGCGUCCACAGCGUUGACACCAUUGGCGCCGACGGCCCACAGUAUCGCCGAUCACAAGACAACACUUGUCGUGAAUCAGUCGCAGAGUUUGUUGGCGUCGACAGUGAGCACAGGUUUGUCUCUCAACACCACCACAACCAACACCUAUCGACCCAAAGCCCUGUCCAUAACAUCCGUAUGUAAUGAAUCCAAUUGUGUAACUCAAGCCUCUAAACGACGUCCAAUGGAGGAGACGUCCGGAAUAGUGUCUGUAAAGAGGUUUUGGGAGGAAAAGCAAAAGAUAUCGCUAUCGCGGGAGAGGAGAGCGACCAGAAUAUUGGGUAUUGUGAUGGGAGUGUUUGUGGCAUGUUGGCUACCCUUCUUUCUCAUGUAUUUAAUUAUGCCGUUCUGUGAGUCCUGUUAUUUGCCCAAAGAGUUGGAAAGUUUAUAA